AUGCUUAAAACAGCAUAUAUCAACGAAAAAAAUGACAGCCGUGACAAUCCCACGUCCGCAUUAGACAUUGAACAUCAUUCAAAUCAAACAAUAGUUGGGUCAGAGUUAAAUGCAACAUAUGCAUUUGAGAUUACAAAAAAAAACAGCAAAAACAAAAUUUAUCAUACUCAUAUCAUAUCUAUGUCUAACGUGUUCUUAUUCAUUUACUUACAAUACAAUAAGUUCGCCGCAAAAUUAUUUCAAGAAAAAUCUCGGCGUAAAAAGAUGUGUAAGAUGUUAGCAUUAAGCUUAUAUUUUCUUUUUGAUCUACAACAGAUAAGCUUUGCAACUGCAAUUGAAUUCAACAGAAUAAUAUGA